AUGGCGAAUUCCCAAAGAUCAACAUUACUCAUUGAUCCUAGAAACGGUUUCUGCAAAGCAAACUCAACGUUUUACAGCAAACGCAACCCAUUGCCACUUCCGGCGAACGCCUCGCUCGACGUCACAACUUUCAUCUCCUCUCAACCUCACCGCUGCACAACCGCCUUCAUCGACGCCACUACAGGCCACCGCAUAAGCUUCUCCGAUCUCUGGAGAGCCGUCGAUCGCGUCGCUGGCUGUCUCCACUAUGAAAUCGGGAUACGAAGAGGCGACGUCGUACUCAUCCUCUCCCCAAACUCCAUCUACAUUCCCAUCGUCUGCCUCGCCGUCAUGUCUCUCGGCGCCGUCGUCACCACCGCGAAUCCUCUAAACACCGCCGGUGAGAUCGCCAGACAGAUCGCCGACAGCAACCCAACGCUCGUCUUCACGAGUCCCGAUCUGGCUCCAAAACUCGCGGAUUCCGGUAUCUCCGUUGUCCUCGAGCGCGUGGGGCCCACUCGUGGAGGAGUGAGAGUCGUUGGGAUUCUGACUGAAAUGAUGAAGAAGGAACCGAGUGGGCAGCGAGUCAGAGACCGAGUUGAGAAAGACGAAACGGCGAUGCUGCUCUACUCUUCCGGGACGACGGGAAGAAGCAAAGGAGUGAAGUCGUCUCACGGAAACUUAAUCGCACACGUGGCGAGAUACAUAGCGGAGCCAGCGGAGCAGGCGGAUCAGAUCUUCCUCUGCACCGUUCCGAUGUUCCACACCUACGGAAUGAUGAUAUUCGCUAUGGCUACCGUAGCAUUGGGCUCGACGGUUGUGAUUCGCCGGAGGUUUGAGCUCCACGAGAUGAUGGAGGCGGUGGAGAAGUACAGAGCCACGAUUCUGGCUUUGGCGCCGCCGGUUUUGGUAGCCAUGAUUAGCGGAGCGGAUCUGAUCAAGGCCAAGUACGAUCUGAGCUCCCUGAGAACGGUUAGGUGCGGUGGAGCGCCGUUGAGCAAGGAGGUGACGGAGGGGUUUAAGAGGAAAUAUCCAACGGUUGAUAUUUUUCAAGGGUACGGUUUGACGGAAUCAAACGGUGCAGGAGCUUCGAUUGAUUCGGUGGAGGAGAGUCGGAGGUACGGUUCGGUUGGGUUGUUGUCGUCCGGUUUAGAAGCGAGGAUCGUGGAUCAGGGUCGGGUCAUGGGUGUGAACCAAACGGGCGAGCUUUGGCUCAAAGGGCCCUCUGUUGCCAGAGGUUAUUUUAGGAAUGAAGUAGCUACGAAAGAAACAAUUAGUUCAGAUGGAUGGCUUAAAACCGGUGAUCUUUGCUAUAUCGAUGACGAUGGAUAUCUUUUCAUCGUUGAUCGAUUGAAAGAGCUAAUCAAAUACAAAGGUUAUCAGGUAGCUCCAGCUGAACUAGAAGCUCUCUUGCUGAGUCACUCAGAUAUUCUUGACGCUGCCGUUAUACCGUAA